AUGGGUGUUCAUGGGUUGUGGAAGCUUAUAGAAACUUCAGGAAAACCUAUACCUCUAGAAACUUUAGAAAACCGAGUGCUUGCAGUUGAUGUUUCAAUUUGGCUUUAUCAGUUGGUUAAAGGUUUUCAAUCAGCUGGCCAAUCAGUUGCAAAUGCCUAUCUUAUUGGUCUUUUUCAUCGAAUAUGUAAACUUCUGUUCUAUCGCAUCAAACCGAUAUUUGUUUUUGAUGGAGGAGUGCCUGCACUGAAAAGAAAAACUAUAGCUGCCAGGCAAAAUAACCGAAGUAAAGCUGAAGAGUUGGGAGACAAAUUAAGAAUGACUUUGUUAGAAAACCUGGCAAAACAAGAGGCUUUGGGAAAAACCUUAGGGGAGUCAUUUGUGCUUCCAAAGAUCUUCCAUCCUAAAGAAGACUCAUUGUUUAACCUUCCACCAGUUCCCUCAGAAAAAGAUUGCGAAGAAAGUGAUCCUGAUUCAGACAGAGAGGUGUUCAGAUACAAAGAUUUACAUUCAAUCGACAUCAAUAGUGAAGAAUUUAUGUCUCUCCCUCCUGACAUGAGACAUGAUAUUUUAACAGAGUUAAAGGAGACAAGGAAAGAAAAUUCUUGGGCAAAGCUGCAUCUUAUGCCUGAGGAAGGCAGUGAAUUUUCUAAUUUUCAAAUGAGCCGUCUUCUGAAAAGGAGGGCUGUUCAAGUAGGUAUUGAGCAGGCUGAAGGAGAGAUGGGAUGUAGAGGUUUUACAAUAUCUGAUCUUCAAUCUAUUCUUUCAGAUCAAGGUGUAGAGCUUGCUCAAAGAAUAGCUGCUGAUAACACAACAAAAAUUCUAUAUGCUGAUAAUUUGAAAAAACUCAAUACAAAUGACAAAUCAAGUAGUGAACUUGUAGAAAGUUGUAAAGAGUUAUUUGAUACAAAUGAAGUUGGUUUGGAGGGAAUGGAUUCAAUAGAUGAUAGCUUAACCCAAAAUGAAAUAUAUAAAAUAGUGACGGAUAGUUCAGUCCCGCAGGGUUUAAAAAGUAAAGAGCUGCAGUUCAAAGUUUUAGCUGCCAGCUCAGAUGAAAAGAAUGAUGGGAAAACUCAAGUGGACAAAGAAUUAGAAGUUAAUGACCAGGCCAUGGAAAAUGAAUUGAGAAACAGUGAAGUAGAUCUGGAGCAUGGGAUUCUCCCACAAAACAGUUUCCAUUGUCAGUUUUCAUCUCCUCCAUCUGCCUCUUUUCAACCACCAUCUAUUUCAAGUUCAGAAUCAAAAAAUAAUUCUAAGAAUGAAACUAACUUAUCAAACAACAAAGAAAAGUUGUCUGCUCAAUCAGCGUCCAUUAUAAUUUCAGAUUCAAGUAAAACAUCUUAUUGCAAAAAUGAAACUAAUCAGAUAAAUAAUAACAAUCAGUUGUCUGAUUCAUGUAAUACUUCUGAUACAAGUAGUUCAAUAUUGCCUUAUAGGUUUGAUCAUUCUAACAGAAAUAUGUUUAUUUCAGAAGAAAUAGAUAAUCAAAAUGCUGUUAAAGAUAUAUCUAUUUUGCCAGGAUCUCAAAAUACCCAAAAUGAACUUGGUGGCUCAUUACCUAAAUUACGAGAAAUUUGCAGUACAGAAUCAUCAAGUGAUUCUGAAGAUUUUAUUGAAGUUAAUGAAAGUUCGAAUUUAAAUACUAAUGAUAAAAGCAGUGAGCCCAACACAAUAGAUUUUCAUAGUCCUUCAAUUCCUAAUGAAAUCAUAAUUGAUUCUAGGGAAGAACUCAAGGAUGAUAUUUUUUCCGAUAUAUUUAUGAUACCGGAUAAUGAUAAGUUACAAGAUAGCAACAAAAUAUCUGUGAAAGAUAGUUCUCCCAAUUUAGAUGAAAACAAUAUGAAAUAUUUAGAAAAGGACACUUUAUCUACUGUGAAUAAAAUUAUUGAUGACAGCUGUAAGGAUUUAAAAGUAAAUGUUGUGGUUGAUAGGAAACCCAGUGAAAAUGAUGCUACUAUUAAUAAAAGUGAAUCUGUGCAUGAUGGCAAUUAUGAAAAAAAUUUCAGUGGAUCAACCAACAAGCAGGAUGUGAAGUCAAUCACUCCUCAGUUAUCUGUUGAUGAAAUUAUUGUCAUGAAAAAAGAUCUUGAACGUGAAUCUGACAGUCUUAGAAAUGAAGCUUUAAAGGAAGAUCGUAUUGCAUCUACUAUUACUGAGCAAAUAAUACAGGAUGCUCAGCAAUUAUUACAAUUAUUUGGGAUACCAUUUAUCAUAGCACCUCUGGAAGCUGAAGCACAGUGUGCAUAUUUAGACCUUACCCAUCAAACCCAGGGAACAAUAACUGAUGAUUCUGAUAUUUGGUUGUUUGGCGGCAGAACUGUUUAUAAGAAUUUUUUUGACCAGAAAAAAUUUGUCCAGCAAUUCAAAUCAACUGAUAUAUCCAGAUGUUUGCAUAUGGGACGUGAUGACAUGAUUAUGCUCGCCCUCCUUAGUGGUAGUGACUAUACGCCUGGAUUAAGUGGUGUUGGAGCGGUCACUGCCCUAGAAAUUAUAGCUCAUUUUCCUCAAAAUGAAAAAGAGUCUACGAUUGCACAAAGAUUAGCCCACUUUGCAGAUGAUUUCAAGAAAUCUAAAAUGAAGCCUAAUAUUUUAUCCAAACUAAAAAAGAUAUCUAUUUCACAAGGUUUUCCUAGUACAGAAGUUAUCAAAGCCUAUUUGGAGCCGUUAGUUGAUCAGAGCACUGAACGUUUCUCAUGGCAGAAACCAAAGUUAACUGCAUUAAGGGAUUAUGCUAAGGAAAAAUUUGGUUGGAAUGAAAUAAGAACUGACAAAUUACUUCAGCCUGUUUUUGAAAACCUUAACAGAACUGAGGGUCAGGGGACAUUACAUAGAUAUUUUGAAUGGAAUUUUGAAGGCAUUGAAAAUCAAAUGAGCAAACGCGUUGAGAAGGCUGUUACUCUAUUAAAAACACCAUCUUUACUGGAUAUUCCACCUAGCCACAGUAAAGCCAAAAAGCAGAUAAUUGGACAUUCCAGCAGAAGUACUGAUGCAUUUCAAACUGAUAAUAAUGUGGCAAUUAAAAGUAAAACUCCUGCACAGGUGAACUUUUAUGUAUAUAUACAUAUAGAUAUUCACUGAAAUAGACACACACACUCAUAUGGCAAAAAUUAUUUCUGUUAAUGAAUAAUAGAUAACAACUGGUUUAUUAUACACUAAUGGACAAAAUUAAUGCACCCCCUACAUUUAUUUAAAGAUAUCCGUUUUAUUUGAAUUUAUGGACCAAAAAAAAAUUUUAAUAUGAUAACAUUAAUCAUUUUAAAACAAAAUUUUAUUUUACAUUAAUAAUAAUCUCUGUAUGAAAAACCUUACAAAAGCAAAUUAAAAGGAAAAUGGGUAUUUCCACCCAUGGUGUGAAUCACACCCUUUAAACUUAUUUUCAUUGAUUUAGAUAGAUUUUGAAUAAAGUUCUGAGGAAUGAUGUCCCACUCUUCGAGAAAGCUGUUAAUGGCGAUUGGAAGCGAUUGCCGAGUACUUAACUUUCUCUUCAGACAUGUUCGAUUUUGCUUAGGUCUGGCCUUUGUGGUGGCCACACCGGACACUCAAUCCCAAUCCCAAUCCAGAUACUCCUCCACCAUUCUCGAUCUGUGUGGCCUGGUGUUGUCAUCAAUAACCACGAAUUCCUCACUAAGGCAGGGUGCAAAUGGCACUAUAUACUCUUCGAUUAUGUUCUACAAAUACCUCUGUGAUGACAGUGACCUUCCUUGCAUAUUUUAUUAUAAAUAAUUCAUUUUUUGGACAGUAUAACAGUGUUGUAAAAAAGCUUGGUGAGAAAGCUAUAAGGCUUAAGCCGAAAAGGCUCGAGCUUUCACGACUCAGCCAAGACUCGAAUCCUUGGUGAUGAGUGGAGAGGGGUUCAAUUCUCCCUCAAAAAAAAAAAAAAAAAAAAUUAAACUAGAAAAAGUAUCAACCCCCUACUCUAACAUAUUGCCAUUUUAAUUUUUUUUUUUUUAAAUUCGGAGGGAGGAGUUAAUCUCACCACAAAAAAAAGUUAAACAAAGUAUCACCCACCUACUCGUAACAUAUUGCCAAGAGGGGCACCCAAAAUUUGGUAUCUCCCAGAGUUUCUCAGGAUCCGUAUGUAUGGUUUAAUAUUGAAGGAGCUUCAAUAAAAAAAAAAAAUGACAAGAAUAUCAUUAAUGCCAAUGUAGCCCUUUAACAGUCAAUAUAUUGACAAAACUCGAUAUUGACCAUGUAAGGGGCCCUUAAGGCUUGAUCCAAAAAGCCUCUAGCUUACUCGACUGUAGUAAAAGGCUCAAGUCACGGUUGGAACUUCACUUCUUUUUCCCCAUCUAUUUAUUUACAUUAUAUUUCAAAAAUAAUCACAUUAUUAAUAUCAACAAAAAAAUAAUAUAUUCACAUUGUUACAACUAACAGAAGAAAUAUAUUUGUUUACGGGUAAGUACAAUAAUUUAAUUUUUUUAUUUUAAAUAAGUUCAUCAAGGCUAGAACUCUUUGAGCCUUGGAGUUAAAUUAUAUUUUAUUAAACGAGAAUCCCAUCUUAAACAAACAUUUUUUUUUUUUGCAGACCCUAUCACAAUCUAGACAUUUCAAUUUGUUACAUUAAUACAUAGUUGAGUACCAACAAAUACAAAAGCUCUAGACACUAUGAAGGAAUUAUUUAUUAAAUGAGUUCUUUGAAUAAAAGGAAAAUGUUGGAAAUGGCCACAAGGUUCCACACUUAAGCACCUUUGUCCUAGAUUAGUUGUUAGGGGAGUUACAUACUUUUAAAACAAAUAUUAGAAAGUCCACUAUUAUUCAUAGGUAAACAUUUGUUCUCCAACUGGUCUUCAGUAAAGUAAGGAAAAUGAGACAAAGUGUUAUUUUCAUCCAAGGUGGUUAUUGUAAUUUAAAGCUUAAAGGCGUAAAACCCUAGGUCAUCAACGCAUAUACUUCCAAGGUGUUAGUAGAAAUGGGUAUGUACCUUUGUGUGUAUCAAUGUUGGAUGUUAUUUGAGUUUAAACAUUUUUCCACUUGAAAAGAAUUCUAGAUUUUUAUUCUCUUUUCUUCUUAUAUAUCAUGAACAGCAAACUCGAAUCUGGUGAUUAAACUCUUUCUAUACAUUUAGAGGUAGGCUCAAAGGAAACCUGGUGUGAGCAAUUUACAAAUUUCUUUCAUUUUCAAAUUAUAUCUUAAUAACGAAUGAUUAUGGUUUAAAUGGAGUAUUUUAAGCAAAGUUUUAAUCUAACAGGCUGAUACUACUUGCUCCUUUUGGGUGUGGUGAAAAUGAACCCUACCAACUCCAUACCAUAUGAUGCCAUAAAAAAUGCAAAAUUUUGUCUCGUUUUCGCUCACAUCUCACAAAACUAGAUAGACUGGAGAUGAUAGGAAAUAUCGUCUAUCUAAGCAAAACAGUUUAGAUGAGCCUAAAAGUGAAUGAGAAUCAAAAACCCACUUUGGGGAGUAAAAUUUUUAAAUUUUAAAAAAGUUAUAAAAAACAAUAAAGUUUAAAAACCCAUCGUAGCCGAUGUUUACCUAUGCCUAUGGGUGAAGCAGAAACAGUUAAAUGCACAUAUGUGAUAAUUUUAAAUCAAUAAAAAGUGUACAGGUGUUCUUUGCUUCCUUGUUGCAUAUUACAUAAUAUUAUUUUUUUACUAAUUAAGUGGUUUUCUUGUUAAGAAAAUAAUUACUUGUUUUUCUGCAGAUAGCAAGAGAAAAAGCUGCUAAAAAAAUUAAAGAACUGAAGAAACAUGGAAAAUUUAAACAUAAAUCAAAUAAUAAAAAAUAAUAAUUAGUUUCAUCAUUAUUUAUAAAACUUUUGUUAUUUACUUGUAUAUACUUGUAAUGUACAUUCUCCUGGUGAGAUAAGUUUGUGAAAUAAGUUGUCAAAAAGUUAGAUUAUUUAAUUUGUUUUGUAAAUUACUGUUAUUUGUAAAAAAUAAAAAUAAAUAAGGAUGCUAGCUUCUGACUUGCAAUGUUCCUAAUCAAUAUUAUAAAGAAUCUUUUAUCAGAAAGAAACCUAUUGUCAGUUGUGAUUAUUAAAUAAAUUAGCUCACUUAUUUAUUUUCAUUUUGCUAUUACACCAUGGAAUUUUCUUUAAUUUUUUUUAUUAUACUCCCCAAUGUUAUAUAUUCAACAUUUUGUAUUCCCAAUAUGGCUAAGGAGCUUGCAGUAGGUAUUUGAAGUUAAGCAGCAUACAGCAUGGUAAGUAUAACAGUGUAAGUACUUGGAUUGGAUAGGUGACCUCACGCCUAAUCGGCUGACUGGUCGCGGGGAAAGAAACGUAGCCACAGAUUCUCCUUCCCCUCCGAUAUGUGAGGCCUUUAGGCCUACUAAAGGUGAAUUACCAUGACCAGGCGUUGGAUUGAUGGCCAUAAAGGUUUUUUCUAUUCGGAAAUCAUAAUCUGGUUAUCCAGGAUGUUAGUAGCCACCCGAAGGUUUGGUCUAUAGACAGUCUGUUUCAGGAAAACAAAUAAAUAUGGUGGCCCCUCAUGCUUGUUGACUGAGCAUCCAUGAUUCAUGGAUCUAGACCAAUAUAGCAUUGCCGCUGAACCCACAUAAAGUAUGGAGACCCUGUUUCAUAGCAUCCUGAGGUUGGGUGACCAUUAUAGUCUACUUGUGUUUCCGCAAUCAAUGACUUCUGUAACAUAGGCAAAGAUCUGCAUGGAGGCAGGGUUGCCGAGAAGGCUAAUAGGUGUGCACAACACGUGUUUUCUGGCAACCUGUUAAAAUGAUGUACAGGAUGAAAUAAUAAUCAGUUUGUGGGGAGGGGAAGCUUUUAACUCUUUCAUUAAUUUCUGCCCUCUCCCUUGGUUGUAAUAAACCCAUACAGCCUAAAAAGUGAGGAAGGUGGAAAAAAAAUGUUUAUUAAAAAACAUUUCUUUGCUACUAAAAUAAUAUUUUUUAGUUUGUUUAACUAACUAUUAAUGAUGACCUUAUUAAAAGUCAUCACUUAUUUUUCGUUUUGUAUCAAGUUUCUUUUAUAAUAUGAUGAAGAAUCACCUUUAGUGGAUGGCCUACUUUAUAAGUACUAAAGUCAGUGUCGGCCUUAGACAUUUGGUACCCCCCAGGCUAUGACGUCAUUCCCACCCUAAAAAAAUUAUAAUUAUUAAGUGACAUUGAAUGAAGAAAAGAUAAGCAAUGGAUUGAGUGUAUUAUGAAUUAGACACAAUUGUGCAGUGUACAACCAGAUGAGUAAAACAUUAAAUUAAAAAAACGACCAAUUCCAAAGUGGUUUAAAAUGAUACUAAAAAUACAGGGUUUCAUUCAAAGUAUUAAUUUAAAAAUGUUGAAGAAAGUUGUAUUUAUAAUGUAUUAAAAAUAUUUGAACUUUGUUGUUCAGCCAAUUUUGUUGUGUUAACUAAAGAGUAAUUGAAUUGUUGUGUUAAUUAAGGAGUAAUUUAUAUAUUAAUACAUUGAAAUAAACCAAAAAUUGUUGAAUUGUUUUUAUUGAAAUAUCAAUAAAUCAUUGUGUGAAAACUUUA